AGGAGCCGAUGGUUUACGAGUCUGGUCGCUUUUUCCGGACGUUGUUCCGUUGCAGGUUUUUUUCCGCCCUCUUUUUGUCCCGGGGAAACCGGUUCGUACGGUCUGUGGUGAGAGUCUUAAAGACGCGCGGGUCUGCACUGUGCCUUUAUUUUCGUGUGUGUGUGUGUGUGUGUGUGUGUGUUUUAUGUCGGCGGAUAGCACCUCGAGCCGGAGGACAGCGCAGCAACAGCCUUUGUUCGGACAGAGGACUACUUGUACCAUUCCCGGGCCACGCCAUUGAAUUUCCUGUGCUUAGUGGACAUUAUGAAGACUUGAACUGUGGACGGUAGCUGGGAAUAGGACACGGGAUGAGUGGAAAGGCAAUCCGGGUAUGAGACGAGCUCUUCGCCAAAAAGAAAAAAGGAAAGGAAAGAAAGAGAAUAUCACCUGCGCCUGCUGAUUUCUCACUGCGAUCAGUGACAAAGUGACAUUUAGGAGACUUGCUCUCACCAUCAGCACUGGACUCUUUCUUACAUCAAAGAGUGAAUCCAAAGGCAGGUGGGAAUCACCGGACUCCUUACCACACAGCAGAAGGCUUUGCGCUGACCUCCCACCUUGAACUAUGACAUCCCCACCCUCUCCUCUGGCUUCCCCAUGUCCUUGUCCUCCUCCCCCUCCCUCUCUACCUUCAUCCCCUGCCCCAUCCUCUCCUGCACCCUCCACAGUCCCAGUGCCUCCCUCACUGCCCCCUACAGGUGAGGUAAUGGUGAUGGCCCUGGGACGGAAGAAACAGAGGCUCUUUAUCGCACUUUCCAUCUUACCCAACCUCUUCUUGGCCUUCCUGCUGUCUUCUGACCCACUGUUGACCCUGGCAUCACCUCAUCACUGUCACCUGUCAAUAUCCAACCCCACCGAGGAGGUGCUAAAUGCCUCACUGCCCUGGGAGAAGGGUACAAGGGAAGGCGACAGCGGGGGGCUCUCCCAAUGCAGCCAGUACCUGUUUGUUAAUGGCACACGCUCUGGUGUAGUGGACUGCAAGGUUGGAUGGGACUUUAAUGUCACAGAAGGCCUGAGGAAUAACAUUGUCACUGAGUGGAAUCUGGUGUGCUCUCAGUAUUGGCUGGUCCCAGUGGAGGAAGUGUGCUUCAUACUGGGUAUCCUCAUAGGCUGUCUGGGCCUUGGAUAUGCUGCUGAUCGUUUGGGCCGACUGAAGACCCUGCUCAUCUCUCUCACUCUGUCUGUGGUUUUUGGCAUAAUGGUGUGUGUGUCUCCCUCACCCCCCAUGUUCAUCGCUAUGCGGUUCUGCUUGGCCGCAGCCACUGCUGGUGUUUAUCUCGUGCUGUAUGUUGGACGUUUGGAACUGUGUGACCCUUCACUGCGCCUCCUGGUGACCACGAUUGCGGGACUGACAACAGUUGCCGGGGAACUCUUAUUGCUGGGAAUAGCUGUUGGAUGCCCAACAUGGAGGGGGUUGAUAGGAACCGGAGCAGCACCUCUUUCUCUUUUCCUCUGCUAUGGUAUUCCCGGUGUCUUUCCAGAGUCUCCACGGUGGUUAUUGCUCUCAGAGAGAGCAGGUGACAUGAACUCGUUUAGUGAACACAGUGAGCGACAAAGAGAAGAUGAUGGCUUCACAGAGCUGGAGUCAGAGUCCCCACAGAGUGGCCGGCCCCACUUGUCCUUCCCAGAGCUACUCCAGAGUCGAAACAUCUGGAAAAACAUGUGUGUCCUGGGCUUUACCUCGUUCAUCUCUCAUGGCAUUAGUCACUGCUACAGCUCCUUCAGGGGCGAUGUCCGAGGCACUAGUCCCAGUUUCUAUUGGACCUACCUGCUGUCUGUCUGUGCAGGAGGUGGAGCUUGGCUGUUGCUCUGGGCAACAGUGGACCGCUGUGGUCGCCGUGGGAUUCUUUUGCUGGCCAUGACAAUGACAGGACUCGCGUCUCUCAUUUUACUGGGCCUGAUGGAGUAUCUGAGUGAAUCAGCCAUUACAGUAUUCUCCGUGAUGGGCCUCUUCUCAUCACAGGCUGCUGCCUCUCUGUGUGUCCUCUUUACCGCUGAAAUCAUGCCCACCAUCAUUAGGGGAAGUGGAGUUGGUGCUAUCCUGGCUCUUGGCUGUGUGGGUCGCCUUAGCUCUCCUCUGAUGGAUCUGCGCAACCACUACGGCUACUUCCUGCACCACGUCGUAUACUCAUCUCUUGCCCUGCUGGCUGUUCUGUCCAUUCUGCUACUUCCGGAGAGCAAACGAAAGCCCCUGCCCCAGACACUGGCUGACGGGGAGCAAUACAGGCGUCCGCCGCUGGGCCGGAAAAGGAGGGACAACGUUCCUUUGCUUGCCACACCAAAUCCAGAGACCUAGCCUUCUUUGUAGACACACAUGCACCUGUUCACCACAGCCAUUCCCCCGACUCUCACCAUGUCUGUGUGGCAGAGGAUGAGAGCGGGCACAUGGGACAAGCCUUCUUAACCUACCAUCCUGUAAUCAUUCCUAACGCAUAAAUGGAACUACAGCAUGCAGAGUCAUCCAGGCUCCUGCUGAAGUGCGAGGGGUGAGAAACUCAAUGGUAUAGAGAGCCAACCGUGCUCUGUAGUACCCCAGGGCUCGACUACAGCUACUGCAGUGAGUGCCAACUUCAUAUACCAUGCAGCAGGUGGUAACCUUAAAAAGUAACACACCAGACAGUCGCCAUCAUGGGCAUAAUACAAGUGGUUAUGGCCCAUAUAGCACUGAGUGACAAAGCCUCUAAUUACAUCAACUCCACUCCACACAGGCAAGGGCUCAAAAUACUACAGUCAUUUUUGUAAAUACUCAAAAAUAUCCUCUGUUUGGACUGAAAUAGAAUAUAAAAGGUAGGCAGAAAAUAGAAAUGUGCUCCUGCUGGCCCUUCAGCACAAUAGAAUAACUUCAUUGCAAGUUCUUCUGUUAUUUAUUAACGGGUAGUUUAUAAUGGCAUUACGGUACCGAUUAUUCUGAUUUGUGUAUGCUGGACGAUGGCAUGUCCACAGAGAAGGAGUAUUUAUGUUGCAUAUACUCCUGUAGCAUUCUAAAAGACCCUUUGGGGUUGGAAGAAACAGGACUGAAUCUUGCACCCUGCAUCAGUGAGUGUGCAGAGAAGGAAAGGACAAACACUUGAAUUUCUGUUUGGUCAUGCUCUGAGCACAAGCAUGGAAGAUGGGCCAAAGAAACCGAAGGAAUGAAUAAAGCAGCCUUGUCUUAGAAUCACCUCUCUGUCAAUUUAUUUUUAGUUUGUUUUAAAAAAAGAAAAAUGCACUUCUCUAUUGCUAGCAACAAUAAGACAAUUAAUGAUUAUUAUAAUUGCUAAAAAAGAAAAUACUUGAAAGUAGUCAUAAAACUCCAUUGACUGAUUGCUUAAGAUUAUUUACCAGGUAAUAACACGUGCUGUAAUUCUGUUGAUAAAUCUUUAACCUAAUUUAAUUGAAAAUAAAAUUUUAAAAAUGAAA